CAUCGUUGCCUCCGCCACCCCACCCCACUUCACACACACACUCUCGCUCUUUCUCUCGCCGGAGAAGCCGAGGACACCGCACGCGAACGCCGGUGGGUCGGCCCCCCGCCAUGGGGCGCGGCCCGUCGAAGAAGCUGGCAAAGCGGCCGCGGGCUGCGGCGCGUGGGGAUCAGGAGGAGGGUGACGGGAAGGAGGUGAAGGAGGAGGAGGAGGAUGAGGCGCUGCUGUUCCCGGUCGGCGCGGAGGUGGAGGUUGGCAGCGACGACCCGGGCUUCGUCGGCUCCUUCUACGAGGGCACCGUCGAGGCCCACCUCCCGGGUGGCGACGGAUACGUCGUCGCCUACACCACGCUGGAGGAGGGCGGCGCGGCGCUGCGGGAGGAGGCCCGCGCCCGCGACGUGCGCCCGCAGCCGCCGCCGGUGGCGGGGGCGCCGGGCGCGCCGGGCGCCGGUGGGUUCGCGAUGCACGACAUGGUGGAGGCGUUCCACAACGAGGGGUGGUGGUCGGGCGUGGUCACCGGCCUGCCGCUGCCGCUGGACGUGCUCCCCGUCGACCCACGCCGGAGGGUGUACACGGUGGCGUUCCCGACGUCGCGGGAGGUGAUGGAGUUCGAGGAGGCGGCGCUGCGGCCGCACCGCGUGUUCCGCCGCGGCAGCUGGGUCCCGGCCGCUGAUGUGGACAAUGGAGGUCCAGCAUUCAGAGAGGGAAGCCUAGUUGAAGUGAGUAGAUCUGCGGAAAGCUUUGGCCAGUCUUGGAAUCCAGCUACUAUUUUGAAAGUGAUUGGUUCUACAAAUUUCUUAGUACAGUAUAGACACGUCGGAGAUGAUGGGGAGCUGGUCACGGAGAUUGUUGAUACUGAAUAUAUUCGGCCAGCACGCUCAAUCAUUCGUAUGGACUCAAAAUACAGAUUUUCUCCAUCUUCUCAUGUAGAGGUCUUUCAUGAAGGUAGCUGGUGGCCUGGAAUUAUUUUGGAGACUUCAAGUGGUGUAUUUGGCAAGAUGUAUGUUGUUAAACUGAAGAGUUACACAACGGGCAUGGAUAAUGUGGAUGGCGUGGAUAAGUUGACAGUUGAAAAUACAAAACUGAGACCACAGUUUGAAUGGGAUGGUCGAAAAUGGAUGCGCUGCAUGACAAAGAAAAAGGAUACAAAGGCAAAGAAGCUUGUCAUUAGAGGGUCUCAAUUAACCUCUCGAAAAAAGCCAAUUCCUGCUGACUUGGCAUCAUGUAAUGACAGUGAUGAAAUCAGAGAUAAACCAAGCUCUGAUAAAUUGUUGGAGACUGCAGAUGUAGUACCACGACCUAAAGAAACUAUGAAGCAACAAAAUGCAGUGCUGGCAUUAGCAUCUCAGAUAAAACUUCCUUUACAGUUAUCAAUGACAGGAUCUGGUCAUUUGAAAUAUACUUCUUCACUUAUUCUAGGUAGUCCUAUUGAACUACCAUCUUCUCAGAUGGAUGUCAUGCCCUCUGUGCCGCAAACUGCAGGGCUGCAAGCUUCACUGUUUGGGGUGUUUGGGAAACUAAGACCUAUCCCACAGGAUCCACUUUUAGUAAUGCAAUCACCUCAUCCAGAUCUCAGCAGAAAUGAAGGAUCAAAGGCAUCGACUGAUCAAGAAAAGCAAUCAACUGAUGAAGGCUGUUGUCUGAUUUCAAGUGCUGCAAAUAGCUUCAACUUUGUGUCAUUUGCUGGAAUUGAUGUGUCCAGAAAAAGAAAAGAAUGUGUUUCUUUUCAAGCACCUGAGGAACUAGGGGUGAAUCCUGAAACUCUCAGUUCUUUUCACAUUCAGGAGAUGAAGAAAAACAGAGUUGACGAAACAAUUGAGGGAACCCACGACAUUGCAGCAAUCUCUGAAGAACAGACCAAGCUGAUUUUUAGAGAUGAACAUAAUGAACUGCCUACCAAUGUUAUUGCUGGUCCAGCAAUUCCUUCAGAAAAAAAUCAGCCAACUCCACUUGAAGACAAUAAAGGUCCACGAGACAGUAGCAUUGUUGAUAAAAUCAGCCAAAGUGGUAUAAACGAUGUUCGCCAAGAUGAGAACCUUGUACUGCAUGCAACUUCAACAUUAGAUAAUUCUGGUGAUGUGAAUUUGUUAUCUUCUGUUUCUUCAACUGAAAACCAGAAGAAAAUAUCCAAAUCUGAAGGGUGUGAAAUAAGUAUGGAUGAAGACUCUGGUGAAGAAUUUUGUCGGAGCAUUUUGGUUAUGCCUGAUGAUACUAGAAUGGAUCAAUUUCCUUCAGCAAAGAGUGGUCAAGCUACCAGGCAUGAUGACCUCAUUUGCAAGGAAAACUUGGGAGCAAUAGUUGAGUGUGUGACGAACACUCCAACAGAGAAUUUGUCUUUUUUGUCUCCAGCUAUGUUUGAUGAUGGGGUGCCGAACCAGUCACCAGUCAGUGAGAAUUGUCAGGAUAACAAACAAGAUGGCAUGGACAAUGUGGAUCAUGGAGCAAAUGUGGUGGAGUUAGCCAGUAUUAUUCCUGAAACUCAGCAUGCCAGUGUUGGUGGUCCACUGUCAACCAUAUCUUUAGCUGCACUCGAGGGUAAAACAGUCCUUUCACAUAGUUUAACGUGGGAGUCUGCACUUAAUGAACAAUCUGGAGUUUCACAACAGUAUCACAGCUCAGCCAUGGUAGAGUCACCAGAAUGUGUUGCUGAAAGUAGCCAGUCCAUCGAUGAUUCGACAAUAACUCAGUUAUGUUCUUUUGAUAUGAGCCAAUGUAUUGAUGCUGAACUUGGUAACAGCUUGAUCGUUUCAAACAACACUCAGGAUACACCAAUAUCCAAGUAUGUAGCAAGAACACAUAACUCUUCCUGCCCCUUGAUGCAGAAAUUUCUUCAUGUGCAUGAGAAUAUUAUGGUUGAUCAGCCAUCAGAAUCCUUGGCUAUUAUUGAACUUCCGUUUGUGAAGACCUCCCCGAUGUGGGCACAAAUUGAGGCAAUGGAAGUAUUUAGUAAAGUGCCACAACGACCAAAUUUUCAUCAGUUACAGCAGCAUCCUCCGGAGUUUCGUGAAGGGAUAGCAUUGGGUUUGAUGUACUCUUUCACCAAUUUAGCAGAAAGCAUAAACAUGCUGAAUGUCCAUGACGAUAAUGCAGUAUUUGAACAUAAGAUGAGGUGCAUUUCUGUGUUGGAAGCAGACGGCUUCGAUGUCAGGCACCUACGAUCUCGUUUGGAAACUCUGCUCAGUUUAAAAAACAGCUGGUCCAAAAUACAGGAUAUGAUGAAACGUUCGGAGAAGAAGAUUGCUCAAGAAGAAAUCGAUGAUCAACAACGCUGUGCAGAAAUUAGUGUGCUAAGUAUGGUUGUCCGCCAGCUUGAACAACACGCCCAUCUCUUCCGUUGCAUAAAGAACCGUGCUAUUUCACAGCAGAUGAGCCAUGCCAUGGAGAAUUCAAGACUCAAAGUAGAAGCAAGCCAACUUAAGCAAUCAUCUAUGUCUACCGAGCAGCGCUUCAGUAGUGUCGUCGCUGCGCCAUGGUAAGGUUUGUGCAAACUAAUUGGUAUGCUUGCGUAUUAUUUAGUUACUGAUGGUAUGUGAAUAUUGCUAGAUGUUGUGAGUUACUAAUGCUAGUGCUGCUGAAUCUCUUUAGUUUGUGUGAUGGUUUCUUUUGGUAUGAGGAGAGCACCCAACGUAUGUAAUGGGUCGUUGUUGCCCUUUAUGCAAGACAUCUUUUGCUUAUAUACAAUGACUACUGAUGUACAUAUAGAAUGCCCAGAUGAAAUUUGUGUUUUUGUUGUGUUUGGCACUCUGUUCA